AUGAACAGUCCGCGUAUCAUACUGGACCAGCAUGGGGAUAUCACAUUGCAAGUCGGAGGGCCGGACGAGACAGACAAGACGGAUUUUGUCGCUUGCUCCCGAACCUUGGCUCGCGUCUCUCCCGUAUUCGAUCGCAUGCUGUACGGGACUUUUGCCGAGGCGAAAUCUAACCAGGAGUCCCCCGACGAUUGGACCAUCAACCUUGGAGACGACAAUCCUGCCCCCAUGAAAAUCUUCCUGAACAUAGCACACGCCAACUUCUCGGAAGUGCCAAAAGCCCUGACCGUUGGAGACUUGUACGACCUGGUAGUCUUGACCCAUUACUACGACGCGACCCGGCUGCUGACCCCCUGGGUCGAGACAUGGAUGUCGUCGCUCGGCAGCGGACAACAAACACCGCCCAGCGACAUGCCGAAAUUGCUCUGGAUAUCGUGGGAGUUUGGCCGGAAAGAAGAUCUCACGACAAUUUCACGGCAAAUGCUGUUGGAGUUUGACGGCAACUGGUUCAACGACACGGACAACCUCGAAGAUAUCCAGACACCGCCAUACAUCAUCGAGAGGAUGGUAUCGAUCCGGUCCAAUACGAUUCAGAAGCUGCUGGACAUUUUUCACGACAUGGUUGAGACCCUCACGGUCGUGGAUGAGAAACCCAGAUGGUGCCAUCACGCGACGUGGAUGGGGCACCACAGAUGCGAGUCCAUGAUCCUGGGCUCCAUGACUUUUUGUCUAACUCGGGCAGGGUUGUGGCCGCUGCCAGAUCCUUCCGAAGUGCAGUACAGUCUCGUCGGGCUAUACAGGAAGCUGACGAGCUUGAUCAUUCACGACAUUGGCGAUGUGAAGGGGACGCCUUCCGAAAAUCACCAGCGGUGCAACCCUCGAGAACACUUGUUGCACCAGGUGCAAGAGGUCAUGAACGGGAUCCCGGAUCUUUUGACAGACUACCAUAAGAACCGCAUGGAAGAGCAAUCGCAGGGGCUUGUGGGCUAG